CACAGGGAAAGGGAGACAGAGGGAAGGAGGGAGAAAAGGAGAGGCGUAAAGGAGACGCUUUCUGGCUGCUCACAGACACCGACGGCCUGUCCCCUCUCCUGCCUGCUUUCGUUCUCCCUGAAUUAGCUUCAGAGCGAGCCGGACAGGAAGAGCGGCGGGCUGCGGCCAUCGCGAGAACGAGCACAGGAGGACCAAGCUCCGCGGACUCUAGUCCACAUGCAGAAAGUCGAGGCGGAAUCUGAGAAGGAGUCUCAGAGGAAAGCCUGGCCAGGCGGCGCGCAGGAGAAAGGGCGCUUUGCUGAACUUUGAUCUUAUUGGGGGAAGUGUGAGGAGCAGCAGCAGAGCGAGCUACCAGAUCCCGAGGCCCUUUGUCUGCAGCAGGAGUGCAGCAGGAGGAGGGGCUGGAGCGCAGACCGGCUCCGAGGCACACAUUCCCAUCCGGGUGACGCGGAGGAAAGGAGGCUCUCGCCAGGCAGGGUGCGACCUGCGCUUGUGCGCACUGUGGAGGUACUGCGUGUGGACAGAUCGCCAAUGUGUUUCAAAGCGCAGGGACAUUCCGCUCUGGUCCCAGUCCUGCUUCUAACGCCCAGCGCCAUCGACCGGCUGAGCUUGUUCGCGCUCGCCUGGCUUGUUGUGAAGGUCACAAGGGCUGGAGACUGACCCGGGAAAAAAAAACGGUGCCAUCUUUGUGUCCGGCCCCCUCCCUCCGUGUGCCGCUCUGUGCCAUCGAUCGCCUCCUGCACAGACAGAACAGGUUGCUGAAGAGAACUGGGAAAAGCAGGAACUCCAGCCUGGAGGAAAGCAAAGCCACAGGUGUAAGUGACAGACACACAGCGUGAUCCACUGCGAGUACGAAACAAAAAUGCAGCAGUGCUGCGGGAGCAAGGCUGCCAGGUGGUCGGGGAGCCCAGGAACACACCUCUCUGCCUGAUGCUGUCCAUGUCUAAUUGAAUUUCCAGCCGCCAGAGGAGGGUUAUGUCGACACCGGAGCUUUAGUGGUGCUCACGGGCUCUGAGUGGCAGCUGUGCCAACUUUAGCCAUUCAGAGCAGGGGCCUACAGCCUCUCCUGCACAGACGAGGCCCCCGGCUCCCUGGGCAUGGCCAUGGUGAGCGGGGGAUGGGGGAACCCCAACGGGGACACAAAUGGUCUCGGGGAGAAGGGCUACCUGCAGGGCGACGGCUCGCCCCAUGCAGGGGGCAGUGACCAGGAGGUGGGCGAGGAUGACCGGGCUUGCUCGAUGGACUGUGCCGUGUGCGGGGACAAGUCCAGCGGCAAGCACUACGGCGUUUUCACGUGCGAAGGCUGCAAGAGUUUCUUCAAGAGGAGCAUCCGGCGCAGCCUCAGCUACACCUGCAGGUCCAAUCGCGACUGCCAGAUUGACCAGCAUCACCGGAACCAGUGCCAGUUCUGCCGUCUCAAGAAGUGCUUCCGCGUUGGCAUGCGCAAGGAAGCAGUUCAGCGUGGGCGCAUGCCAUCCUCGCACCCCAGCCUCAGCCCCACGCCUGCUCCGGGGGCUGGAAGGGGGCCGGAAGAGGCGCUGAACGGCCAGCCCGUGUCGGAGCUCAUCUCGCAGCUAUUGCGCGCAGAGCCGUACCCCAGCAGCCGCUACGCACCCCAGCUGGGCCUCCCGCAGGGCACCUCCAACACCAUGGGCAUUGACAACAUCUGCGAACUGGCAGCACGGCUGCUCUUCAGCACCAUCGAGUGGGCGCGCAACAUCCCUUUCUUCCCCGAGCUGCCCAUGAGUGACCAGGUGGCGCUGCUGCGGCUCAGCUGGAGCGAGCUCUUCAUACUCAAUGCGGCGCAGUCUGCUCUGCCUCUGCACACUGCUUCGCUGCUGGCUGCUGCCGGCUUCCACGCCGGACCCAUGUCUGCUGAGCGUGUGGUCUCCUUCAUGGACCAGGUGCGCCUCUUCCAGGACCAAGUGGAGAAGCUCACACGCUUGCAGGUGGAUGAUGCCGAGUACAGCUGCCUCAAGGCCAUAGCCCUCUUCUCCCCAGAUGCCUGCGGCCUGACGGACCCAACGCAGGUGGAGAACUUACAGGAAAAAGCCCAGGUGGCGCUAACGGAGUACGAGCGGCUGCAGUACCCAGGCCAACCACAGCGUUUUGGCCGCUUGCUGCUGAGGCUGCCUGCCCUGCGGGCAGUGCCCGCCAACCUCAUCUCUGAGCUUUUCUUUGUGCGACUGGUGGGCAAGACGCCCAUCGAGACGCUGAUCCGCGACAUGCAGCUGUCGGGCAGCUCCAUCAGCUGGCCCUACACACCCGGCCAGUGAAUACACCGACCCGUUACACGGUUCUCUACCAACUGAUGGAUGACACGUGUGUUGCCACCUGCUGGCUCAGGACUGUUACACCACCAUGUUUCAUUAUGCAGACUGCUAGGUUCUGUUGUCAUGGUUCUUUGCUCAGACACACAGCCACACACACACAAAAUUGUGCCGAAGCAGGAUCGCAUUAUAUGUUACACAAAAGGCCUGCCCUCAUGGUCUUGGCUUGGCCCUUCAAUCUACUCAGCCCGGACCCAUGCGCUGAGUGAUCGAUGGACACAGAACUUGUCUUUGAAUGUAAUUUAGAGAAUAGGAAGAAAGUACACAGCCCCAUAGUGUCACAAGUGGCAGACACAAGAUGCUUUAACUGAUGAUCAUAUGUGAUUAGUGGACUGAUCUUGAGAACCUCACACAGAACAGCCUGCUGGGGCUGUGAGUGCAACCCCCCUGCGGAUGGUUUCCUAGCAUGAGCAACCGGGACUUCCAUCCCACCUCCUAGGAGUGACUAGGACUUACCUCAUGCUCAUGUGUGGAAGAGUGCCAUCUGCUGCAGAAGAUGUGGAGCUAAUUCAGUUGUAACUUUACCUUUACCAUUAUUAUAUACAUUAUUAUAUAUUGUAUUGUCUGUUUGUUUUGUUUUCAGACAGUUACAAAAGAUGCAAAAGAAUAUUAAUCACCAAAAUGACAAUUUCAAAUAAAAAUCUUCUAUGAUUGUGUCAGAACUAUAUUAUAAAUGCACUUCACAAUGAUAACUUUUCUUGUGUGACAGGUUUUGGGGUCUUUUGGACUUCUUUAACAUGCCAUUCCUCUAUGCCCCUGCAGGCUUGUCCACAUUUUCUGUCUGAAUGAGUUUGCCACAUUUCUUUCUCUAUAUGGCUUGUAAACUAUGUAACGAGGUUCAGGUGUCCAACUCAUUUCCUGGACUGUGCAAAUGCAGGGUUUUACUGCAGCUUCCUACCAUUGUUUUUACUCACUUUCUUUUCAUUAUCAUAUGCCGAGUAUUAUUUUGUCAUAUGUUGAGGAAAUACUUUAUUUUUUGUGAAAACAUCAUUAUAAAUAGUAACCUGUGAACUGGACCAACUAGGGAAGGUGAACAUGUCAAAUGAGCUGGUUUUUACCCCCAGUUUACAGGCAACCCAUGAGGGUCUCAGACUUAAGCACCGCUAUGAGCGAAGGGUGAGGUGCCGGUGUCUGCUUGAUUCAAUUAUUACAUUUGUAAAUGAACGCUUGUCUAAUUAUGAGCAAUAAAAAUAUUUUACUUCUUUGUGCUGU